CCCUAGUUGAAUUUCAUCAUUUAGUUGGGGGAAGUAACAUGUCUACACACAGUGGGAAGGCAUGUAGCUUCGAACUCUUAUUCUGACGGACUCAUUUUAACAAUAGUUCACCGACCGAGUUUUACGUCUAGCCGCUUAUCUUUUGGUUCUAGAAGAUUGUUAUACCGAAUAUCUCAGAGAGAAGAACUGCUUCAUGUGGUGUGUCUGGAGACAGUCACAAUAUUUUUUUUCGGAGAUUUAAACUAGUAUUGUGGCCGGGCGAAUCUCAACAGCUCUGUAUUUUUUAGUUACUUGGAUAUUCGGAAUUCCCUGCAAAAGUCCCAAUUAAUUUCAAUUGGGAUCAUUUGAUAGAACUGAUUAUGGAAGCACGUGAAAAUCAAAAGGCCUCUGAAAAGGAUUUAGCAGUUGAAAAUCCACCAACAGGAUUUUCAUUUUUCCCCGAGCACAUAUUCGGUGAGAAUGGCUACUUAAACUUGUUGCGAUAUAUACUUUCCGAUGGCGUUGAACGGAGAGAUCGUACCGACACAGGGACGUUUGGAGUUUUCGGUCCACAGCUACGCUUUUCUCUUAGAAAUCAAGAAUAUCCUCUACUGACUACAAAAACAGUGUUUUUUCGCGGAAUCGUAGAAGAACUAUUAUGGUUUGUUCGUGGAUCUACAAAUUCUCGUGAACUGGCGGAAAAGAAUGUACAUUUCUGGGAUGCAAAUGGAUCUCGUGAAUUUUUAGAUGGACUAGGAUUUACUGAGCGUGAAGAAGGUGAUCUCGGUCCAGUUUAUGGUUUCCAGUGGCGUCACAGUGGAGCAGAAUACGUAGACUGUCAAACCGACUAUACUGGUCAAGGUGUUGAUCAACUUGCUGAUGUAAUAAAACUUAUACGUGAGCGCCCUUGGGAUAGAAGGAUUAUGAUUGUGGCUUGGAAUGUUAAAGAUCUACGUAAAAUGGUUCUUCCUCCCUGUCAUUGUCUUGUUCAGUUUUAUGUUGCAAAUGAUGAGUUAAGUUGUCAAUUAUAUCAACGUUCGGGGGAUAUGGGUCUUGGUGUACCGUUCAAUAUUGCAAGUUAUGCUUUAUUAACAUAUAUGAUUGCUCAUAUUACUGGUUUAAAACCUGGUGAGUUCGUUCACACAAUUGGCGAUGCGCAUAUUUAUUCAAACCAUCGUGAGGCGUUACUUGAGCAGGUUAAACGUGUACCGCGGCCAUUCCCGAAAUUGGAGAUCGUUCGAGAGGUCAAGAAUAUUGAUGAUUUUAAGUUUGAAGAUUUUAAACUGAUUGAUUAUAAACCUUAUCCAAAAAUAACUAUGAAAAUGGCACUUUAAAUGAUUGUUUAACAAUUUUCGUUGAUUAAAAUUAUUUCGUGUUAUUUAAACCUAGAUUUCAAAAUAUAUACUUUCUAAUCACUUA